GGAUGCCCCUUCUCCCAGUAAAAGGAUUUGACUCGCACCUUCGUGCGAAGUCAAAUCAAGAGGUAGUUGCUAAUAGACAAGAAUUACGUAUAGCUAAUAUAAAUGCCGCUCAAUUAUUAAAAGCAGAAUUAAGUAGUUCCGACACCGCUACUUCAACAGCAAAUAUUAAUAUAACAAUCGAUAAAAACUCAAAUUCAUCACUUCAAAUGGAUUAUGGUAGUUCUGAAGUUUCAGUUAAACAAGAUAUCGUUGCCAGUAGCGAUGAGGCUUUAUCAACAUCAUUGACGUUGCCAUCAAAAAGAAAAAAAGAUGAGAUUGAUGAUGAAAUUACAACGACGAUUGAAGGAGAUGUUAAUGAUGAUGACGAUAAUUUACCAAGCACGUCAAAAGAUGAAGAUGAAGAUCAUGCUGAUUCAAUUAGACUUUGGGAAGCAGGAUUUAAAGAAAGAUAUUAUAAGCAAAAAUUUGGUGUUGAGCUACCGAAUAAAGAAUUUCAAAACAAUUAUAUAGAAGGUCUCUGUUGGGUUUUAAAGUAUUAUUAUCAGGGUGUUCCAUCGUGGAAGUGGUAUUAUCCUUACCAUUAUUCACCGUUUGCAUCAGAUUUUAUCGAUAUUGGUGACAUUCAAGUCAACUUCGAAUUAGGUGAACCUUUCAAACCAUUUGAACAGUUAAUGAGUGUAUUACCUGCACAUAGCAAAGAGCAUUUGCCAGUACCUUUUCAUAAACUUAUGACUGAAGAAGAUAGUGAAAUAAUCUGUUUUUAUCCUAAAGAAUUUAAAAUUGAUUUAAACGGGAAAAAAUUUGCAUGGCAAGGAGUUGCUCUACUUCCAUUCAUUGAUGAGUCGCGUUUACUUAAAGCCAUAGAGUCGGUAUAUCCUCAAUUAAAUACCGAUGAGAUUACAAGAAACACUCGUGGAUCUGAAAUUCUUUGUUUUAGCAACAAACAUCAAUUAUAUAGUAACUUAUCUUCUAUAUACUCAAAACAUGACUCAGUAAAGCCAAUGCCAUUGGAUCCAACUAUUAGUGACAAACUGAUUGGAUUUGUCUCAAAAGAUCCAAAAUUUAUACCUGAAAGUACAUUUCGUUCACCUUUAAUUGAAAAAAAUAUGCCAGAUAUUGCUGUUGAUAGAUCAUUGAGUGUAUUCUAUCACCUUCCAGCUAAAACAGCUAACAAUGCACAUAAAUCCAUCCUUUUACGAAAUGUCAGGAUGGAUUCUCCAGUAUUGGGAUGGGAAGAUCAUGAAUGGAUAAGAAACGAUGACCGUGCUUAUCACAACAGUCAUGAUACGCAUAGCUACCAAAAUAAACCUCCCGAUACUUAUCUUCCCGAUUAUCAAAGUAGAUCCAACAUAAAUAUGUAUGGUGAUGAUAGAGAAUCACGUCGGAAUCAUUAUAUUUCUAGUAGUACUUCAGGGAAUCAUUUUAACUAUCAUGACACAUCACGUUACCAGUAUAAUUCUAACAAUUACCAUGAGAACAGAGGCUCUUCGCAAUAUGGAAAUCGAUAUAGUAAUAGUCAUAGUCAAAGAUAUAAUCGUGUAAAUCCUGCUCGCGGCACAAGUGCAAAUUCACACAAUAUUCCACAAUCGCCUUAUGGUCAACAUACCAGAUUUGAUAAAUAUCAUAAUGAUUAUAGACGUGAUCAUUGA